AUGUCAGCACAGCUCGACCCGGGGCGGGAUGCCAGGUGGAGUGAUAACAGGAGCCGGCAUCAACAGCGCAAGUACUCCGUACAUCUGCUCAUAUUCGAAGAGUUGCGCGCAUAUUCCAAUUUGUUUACUGCGCAAAUUCCUAUGCUCCGAAGCUUUGCGUUGCCAGCUAUUGCCAUGGCCUCGCAAUCAAUGUCUCUCCGGGACCGACAGGUCGCUAUAAUUAAAUGUACACUUACUGAUCGCUCUAUGACAGCUUCAAUCCAGAAAUUAUUGAAUCUGAAUCAUGAUCCACAACCUGCUGAGGACAAUACCCUCGACCAGUCUGGUGGUCUUAUUUCGCAUUCCACUCCAAUCUUGAACGAGGAUGGCGAUCCAAUCUGGAAGGUCUUGGUGUUUGACAAAAUGGGUCGUGAUGUUAUUAGCAGCGUCUUGAGAUCCUCUUCCUCUUCUACACCUCGCCCCACCGCUAACGAAUGGGCUACUACUAGAAACCUUCAUUCGCAAAGAUACCCUAUUCCAGAUGUCCCCGUUGUCUACUUUGUGGAACCCACUCCCACCAAUAUCCAAGCAAUCACUCACGACCUAUCCCAUGGGCUCUACUCCCCAGCCUACGUCAACUUCUUAUCCUCCGUACCCCGGCCACUACUGGAGGACUUCGCUUCUCAAAUAGUAACAUCUGGUGCAUCGGAGCAUAUUGCGCAAGUUUUCGACCAAUAUCUCAACUUUGUUGUGGCAGAGCCAGACCUGUUCAGUUUAGGGCUCGGAAAUGAUGCAUACUACAAGAUCAACAGCCCCAAGACAACCGAUGAAGACUUAGACUCAAUCGUCGACAAAGUUGUUAGUGGUCUUUUCAGCGUCAGUGUUACCAUGGGUACUAUUCCAAUCAUCCGGUGCCCGAAGGGCGGUGCGGCGGAAUUGAUAGCAACCAAACUCGACCGCAAAUUGCGCGACCACAUCCUCAAUUCCAAGGACAACCUCUUCUCUGGCAAUCAGACGGUUUUGCCGGGUGUGCCAUCAACACGGCCGGUCCUGAUUAUCAUGGACCGCAAUGUUGAUCUAGUUCCGAUGCUCUCCCACUCGUGGACAUAUCAAUCGCUUGUGCAAGAUGUCCUUGAAAUGCGCUUGAAUCGAAUAACUUUGGAUGAGGGCUCAACGAAGAAGUCGUAUGACUUGAAUAGUAACGACUUUUUCUGGCAACGUAACGCCGGGGCUCCGUUCCCUCAGGUGGCUGAAGACAUCGAUACUGAGCUUACACGAUACAAGGAGGAUGCAAAUGAAAUCACCAAGAAAACCGGUGCCUCCUCGAUUGAAGAUCUGCAAAAUGACACAAGUGCGUCCGCGCAACAUCUGAAAGCCGCUAUUACCCUGCUCCCUGAAUUGCGAGAACGCAAGGCUAUCCUCGAUAUGCACAUGAACAUUGCCACUGCUCUACUCAAGGGUAUUAAGGAUCGGCAGCUGGAUAACUUCUUCGAGAUGGAGGAGACCAUUACCAAACAAUCAAAGUCACAGAUCUUGGAAUUGAUCGGUGAUCCUUCUAAGGGCAGUGAAUCUUUAGAUAAGCUGCGUUUGUUCGUUAUCUGGUUCCUCAGUACAGAGACUGAGCUCAGCCGGUCUGAAUUGUCUCAAUUUGAAGAGGCUUUGACUCAGGCUGGUGUUCCCGAUGUUUCCUCUCUCGCCUACGUCAAGCAGGUACGCGAUAUUACUCGGAUGACCAUGAUGACAACAGCCGCCCCAGAGCAACAAUCCUCUGAUCUUUUCCGCGGUUUCUCGUCCCUUUCGAACCGUCUCACGGAUCGCAUUACCUCGGGCUCUCUGGGUGCCAACUUCGACUCCCUGAUCUCUGGCGUGAAGAACUUCCUACCAGCUAAUAAGGAUCUCACUGUUACCAAGAUCACCGAAUCAAUUAUGGAUCCGGCCGCGGCUUCAAGCUCUGCCAUAGCAAAGACGGAGAACUACCUCUACUUUGACCCUAGGAGCGCCAAUGCCCGUGGUGCCAUGCCACCGGCGUCCGCAUCGCGAAACACACAAACUCCCGCCGGCGGCGUAGGCCCUGGCACUGGUGCCAGUUUCGGACAGCGUCGCCAGGCCUUCAGUGAAGCCAUUGUCUUUACAGUCGGCGGUGGAAGCAUGGAUGAGUACGGCAACUUGCAGGACUGGGUUCGCCGGACAAAUGGCCAGGCCGGUACUGAGGGAGCGCCAGCACAACGCGCGACUCCUGGACACCGCCGACGGGUUGUCUACGGUAGUACUGAUCUGAUGAAUGCUACUGAAUUCAUUUCGGAUUCAUUGGCACCCCUUGGUCGGGAUAGCUGA